UAUCAUUUGGAACUGUAUGCUAAGUCAUGAUCAUGUCUCAUGGCCCAUCCAUUUAUGAACCUCAACCACUAAGAAUCUUACUUCUUCCACAGUCCAAAACACCACGCACAAAACAAGAAGGCACAAAAACAAAAACAAAAGCAAAAAAAAUGUCCAAACCCAGGAGACCCAAUCCCAUGCUAAUCUCCUGCCUAUCCCUCCUUUUGAUCCAUACCCAUUUCUCAAUCUGCAAUGGGGUUUCAGCUUUUGACCUCAAUUCACUGAAAGGAAGUGGAAUUGAUGGUAUGGUGAGAGCUGGAAGGGCCUGCAACCAGAAGAUUGGGGACUGCUUGACAGAGCCAGAAAUGGAGUCAGAGACCAGCAGGAGAGUUCUAGCAAUGCAGAAGAAGUACAUAAGCUAUGAGACACUGAGGAGGGACUUGGUUCCAUGUGGAAAACCAGGGGCUUCAUAUUACAAUUGUCAUGCUGUUGCGGCAAAUCCUUACAAUAGAGGCUGUGAGGUCAUUACAGGAUGUGCAAGAGGUAAUGACAUCAAAACUUAACUUAAUUACAGUACAUGGACCAAGUAUGGAGAAAUGGAAGCAGCAAUUUCAUUUUCUUUUCUAUUUCUCCUUCUUAUUGUAAUGGUGUAUUUGAUGGGGGGUUUUGGUUAUGACUGUAUAUUUGAGACCCAUGUUCUGAAUUGCUAUACUAAUGUAUCACUAGCCUCAAUUUUAGAGAGAUCUAUGGUUUCUUUUCA